AUGGAGGUGUUGCUACAAAAUCCCAUCUUCAGAACCAAGAUGAAAUCACUGUCACCAGCCACACGGCGCUGGUUCAUCGACGCCCUCAUCGACUUGUUUGACCAGGAGUCCGAGUAUGUCAUCGAUGUCAUCGAGGAUUGUCGAGAGGAGAUGAGAGAUGCAGCCGACAGGUACAACGUUGAAGCAGAACAGUUGAGGGCAGCCUCUAGAUUGUUGCAAGAGAAGAGAGAGUCGCCAGAUCAUUCCCCACAAAGAGCGUAUUCGCGAGUGUCCGCUCCCAGCCGCCUCCUGUAUGGCAACCACAGACAACCAUCCCCAGACAGAAUCUCCAGCCGGCUACGUCACAGGCGGAGGCGGAUUGUGGGGUCAGAGGACGAUGGAUGCAGGUCACCCUCAGAGAUGACAAACAGCAGGUGUGGGACCUCGCUAUCCUCUCUGAGUGUCCCCUCCCUGCCCGCUCUAGGAGGCACACGAGCAAACAACCCCAGUGCUAGGACAACGAGAAGUCUACCCGUGACGCCCACAGUUCCCUCGGAAGAAGAUCAGGAGAGGAAACACAAGCAGAUGCAUGAGGAAACUCGUGCAAUCCUCCAGUCAAUGAAUACAAGAGAAAGCCAGGUGGAGAAGGAGAGGGAACGACAGCAGGACAUGUUAGAGAGGAUGAAGCGGCAGAAGCGAUACCUGGCAGAAGACAGAACUCAGCAAGCGCUCAAACUGUUGGAGAAGGCACUCGAGAUGGACAGAGCAAUGGCCCAGGAUAAGGAGAAGCAAGGGCUACUACUGCGGAACAAACUGGACGAGAUGAAACGGAGACGUGGCCCCAAACAAGACGCUGAGUUUGUGGAGAUUAUAGAGCUACAAGAAAAAUAG